UCUUUAGAUCAAUCCUUUAAAUUUGUUUAAUUAUGUAUAUCCUUAAUAUUAAGUUAACUACCUUAUCUAGUUAUAGCAUUCAAUAGCAUACAUUGUAGAUAUGCAUAACCUAUAUAUUUAACUGCAAACGAUACAUAUUGGUUAUGGCAUACGAGCAUUCGGAGAAGCGUGUAUAAUAAUAAUGUGCAAAAUAGUUUAUUGCCUGGUUUUAUUAACUUAUUUAAGAUUUUCUGAUGCCAAAAAUAACGGAACGUUUCCAGCAAACUUUUUAUUUGGAGUAGCUACUUCUUCUUUUCAAAUAGAAGGUGCAUGGAACGAAGAUGGUAAAGGAGAAAGUAUGUGGGACAAUUUUAGCCAUCGAGUGCCAUCCCCGAUAAAGAACGGUGACACAGCAGAUGUAGCUUGUGAUUCCUACCACAAAUAUAAAGAAGACGUCAAACUCGUAGCGGAUCUUGGCGCUGAUUUUUAUAGGUUUUCAAUUUCUUGGCCAAGAAUUCUUCCUACUGGCUAUACCGACAACAUCAAUCAAAAGGGUAUCCAGUAUUAUCAGAAUUUAGUUAAGGAGUGUCUGAAAUACAACCUGAUACCAGUAGCUACUUUAUAUCACUGGGAAAUUCCACAAUCGCUAUUUGCUGCUAAAUUGGACUGGACUAAUCCUGCCUUUAUUGAUAUUUUUGUGAAUUAUACCAGAGUUGUCAUUCAGAAUCUUCCUGAUGUAGGUCUGUGGAUAACCAUAAACGAACCCAAACAGAUCUGUCAUCAAGGCUAUGGUGAAGGUACGCUAGCUCCAGGACUCCUCCUUAGCGGGCUGGAGGACUACCAAUGUGAUUAUAUUGUACUCAAGGCUCACGCGAAGACUUAUAAUAUGUAUAAGAAGGAGUUUCCACACUAUCAAGCUCAUAUGUCGUUAACUAUAGACUGUGAAUGGUAUCAACCUUACACGAAUUCCAAGGAGGAUAUUGACGCAGCUAGAAGAAAUCUUGAUUUUGAAUGUGGCAUGUACUCUCAUCCACUAUACUAUGGUGAUUGGCCUCCAAGCGUGAAGGCACGCGUCAAAUUCAGAAGUGAACUAGAAGGAUACAACAAAAGUCGAUUACCAGAAUUCACUACAGAAGAGAUCAAUUACAUAAAAGGAACUUCUGAUUUAUAUUUGUUGAAUGUUUAUUUUGCGUAUUUAGCUAAAGAUGUACCCGAAGCUCCCAGUAAUGUUACUAGUUUCCGAUCUGACAUUAAGGCAAAACUCAUUCGAUUUCCUGGAACUAGUGUCGGAAUUAAUGGAUUUCCCAUAGUACCGUGGAGUAUAGAAAAUAUGUUGAAAUUUAUAAAGGAUGAAUAUAAAGAUCCUGUCAUACUCGUUACAGAAAUAGGGACUUCUGAAGAUGGGUCUACUUUGGAAGAUGAUAUGAGAAUAGACUAUCUUGAAAAAACAUACAAUGCAAUUCUCGAAGCUAUGUACAACUAUGAUGUAAAGGUAGUAGGAGUAACAGUAUGGAGUUUAUUAGAUAAUUUAGAAUGGAUGGACGGAUAUACAGCCCGUUUUGGCCUCUACCACGUAGACUUUAAUGAUCCAAAUCGAACAAGAACUCCGAAAAAAUCAGUAGGCUAUUAUCAAUAUGUGGCAAGCACGAAACGUUUAUUGAGUGCUGACAAUGGUUCAAAUUUGAUUAACAUUUCAGGAUUUAUGACGAUAGUAUUAUUAUUUACAAUUCUGUGGAACACGUUUAUGUAAUAAUUAUUAAUAGGAUUAUUAAAUUUUUUACCAGAAUAAUAA